UUUAUCGAUAUAUUUAAAAAAAAAUACUAAAGUGAGAAAUGACUGGAAGUUGACAAGUACAUAAGACAUACCUUGAACUUUAUGGGAAGGCCAGUGAAAAGGGAAUUACAAUAAUCUAUUCCGUUGGUGACAGAACCAUUAACGUGUGAACAGAAAUUCAGGUCAGCAUCAACAAAACCUCGACCUCGGUCAGUGGUCAUCCUUUGCACCAACCACUAGAGGUUCAGUCUUUUCUUUACUCAACUGCAAGAAGUAUUGAAGCAUCUGCAUAUUGAUGUGAGCAGUGAACCUGAAAUGCUGAAUUUAUCAAGAGACGGUGAAAAUGUACAUUUGUGUGUCAUCUGUAUAGCUAUGGUAGCUGAUCAAGUGUCUGCUGAUUUUGGAGACCAGCGGAAGCAGGAGAGGACCACGAAUGGAGUCCUGUGGGACCUUGUUGAGAUCAACCUCAGUCCAGCAGCUCAAUCCAGCUCAUCAUGCAUCCAGGGCUGUCACUGCAUCCCACCUUGCAAAAGCAACAUGGCUCAGCGGACCAGCUUUUCUUCAUAGACCAUAUAAGGGCCUGCAAGAGAAACCUGAGUCCUUUGAAUUCAUUAGUACUGAACUUGAGAUCGAAGUGUGGCCUGAGGUGUCAAACUUCCAUACAUGAGUUCAAAGGUAAAACUUCACCACAGACCAGUUCAAGUGCUUCUCUACGUGGGAGUAACUAUUGAGAGCUGUUGCCUUCCUCGUCCAUAUAAGUCAAUCUCACAAGUCUACAGACUAUGCCAAAGGAUGUAGAGGCAUCAGUGAAAACAAUCCUGCACUCCUGAUGAGCUUUCUCAAGCUAUGGACAUCAUCAUAAAUGUGAUCCAAAAAGAAGCUUACUUAGUAUAAUUCUCUACCCUCGCUGAUGGCAAAACCCUGUCCACAAGCAGCCCACGCUUCAAACUCAGUUCUGUGCUUGAGGAAUGUCUUAUGAGAGUAGGAGGCACACUCAAACAUGCUGAGAAGAACCUCCUAGUUCUACCUAAACUCAGCCAUGUCUCUACUCUGCUAGUAUGCCACCACCACAAUCAGGUGAAACAUCAAGACCGCCAUUUCACCAAAGGGGCUAUCAGAUCUUCUGGCCUGUGGAUCAUCAGUUGUAAAAGGCUCAUCAACUCAGUCGUACACAAGUACGCCACCUGUCGGAAGCUCCGUGGCCACCUGAACACCUCAGCACAUCUCCCCCAUUCACCUAUGUGGGAUUUGAUGUCUUGGGCCUUGGAAAGUCACUGUGUUGCAAGUGUUGAGCAAUAUUGUUUACCUGCAUGAGCACUAGAGCAGUGCAUAUGGAGGUAAUCGAUACCUGUUGCAUCAACACUCUGAGGCGGUUCUUUGCAAUCCGUUGACCUGCAAAGCAACUGAGAUCAGAUUAUGGAACAAAUUUUGUUGGUGCCAGCAAUGAGCUCAGACUGACCAAGCAGCAACAAGGGACCAAUAUCCAGAGAUACCUGAAUGAACAGGGCUGUUCCUGGGAGUUCAACCCCCCUCAUUCUUUGCACAUAGGAGGCUCCUGGGAGUGAAUCAUUGGAGUUGCUCGCCGAAUAUUUGACUCCAUGCUGUUACAACAACAUAUUCAUCUCUCCCACAAAGUCCUGUGCACACUCAUGUCCGUAGUUUCUGCCAUCAUCAACGCCAGACCCCUCAUUCCAGUCUCCACCGAUCCAGACACCCCUUCAUCUUGACACCUUCAAUGCUGCUUAUCAUUCGUCAUUGAAGAAUGUUUGUCUUUGAUGGGAUGUUUUUGUGUUUGUAUUAGAUUAAUGCUAGAUACUGGCUGGUAGGUGCUCAUACUAUAUGACAUGUUCAGUACAUCAUGCCUCAGGAGCGUAUAGUUUACAUUUAGUAUAAUUUGAUCACAGUUUGUGUUAUUCUGGCUUUAUAUGUAGUGCUUUAACAGACAUAUGUCUAUACAUUUACUAUUUUUAAAUUUACUUUACUGUAUCAGUAUUCUACAAGAGUCUGCAUUAAACCUGGACCUAGAAAUCUGCGUCCUGACUCUUGUUUAUUGAGUUGUGUCAUUUAUUAAAAGAGUUUGGCUGGCUGUCUAAUUUUGGUUAGAAAACACCAUUAGGAGAACAAUACAGUGAGUUUUUUAAUCAAGUGUUAGCAGCUGUGGAUGUGAGGAGACUGUUGUGAUGUCACAGUUCACUUUUGUGUUUUUUAAGAUUUAAUUUUGUUUUUAUUCAUUUUUGUCCUUUUCUGCAUGAAUCUUUACUGACUAGUGUCUGUGAGCUGAACUGUCCCUCGCGGACAUUAAAUCUGUACUCUGACAUCCAAUUCUGGAUCAGAACCAGGACCAGGGUCUGAAGACCAGGACCAGGGUCAUCCUGUUCUUCAGACCCUGGUCUGUUUUCAGUGGACUUCAGAUAUUUUUGAGUCCUGAUAUCAUUCUAUUAAUUUAAACUGAUCUUAAAUAUGCAAAGAAAAAAAUGAAAAAAUGUAAACCCUCCAGAAAUCACUCAAAAGGAUGAUGAUGAUGAUGAUGAUGUUAUUCUUCAAACAGGAGGUGUUACUGAUAUUUCCCUCCAGUCUUUUUCCUUUUCUCUUUCAUCUCUAAGUUUACAAAGCAGAUUCAUAAAGCUCCUGAAUAUAAGUUGAAACAUUUUCAUUCAUUAAUUUUGUGUUCUGUCUGAAUGCAUAAGACACUCUGAACCAGUUUAAAUAAAGUGUAAAAGCUUCAGAGUUUAAAGUCUGACAGACUGACUGUGUGUUUCUACUGUUUACUUCUGAAGAAAUAAACUAUUUCUAUUUUUUUUCAGGGUGAGGAUGCUGCUUCCCAGGUGGUUGCUAGGGGCGUGUCUGUGGUUGCUAAGCAUAGCAGAGGUUUGGACAGCUACCUUCAAGCUUGCUCUGAUUGGCCCAUGGACAUGUGACCCGCUGUUCUCCAGGGCGAUGCCAACAGCAGCAGCCAACCUCGCGUUGUCACGGUUACGGAGUGACAGGGGUCUAAGCAGAGGAUACUGGUAUGACAUCAAACUGCUGGAUGAGGACUGCUCCACCUCCAAAGCUUUAACAGAACUCGGUGACAUGGAGGGUUAUGGCCACGCCUACAUUGGACCCUUUAACCCCGCCCUCUGUCAUGCUGCCUCCUUAUUGGCUCACCACUGGGAGGCGGGGCUUUCCUCGCCAGGCUGUCUGGAUGCUGAUUGGCCAAACCUGCCGCCUAUCACUCCUCCCAGCAGAGUGCUGUUCACCGUGCUCAGGUUCUUUCGCUGGGCGCACGUGGGCAUCAUCUCAGCACCAACUGACCUAUGGGAGAGCACAGGACAGGAGGUGGCCUCUGCCCUCAGGGCUUUGGGCCUCCCGGUUGGUCCGGUGGUUACCAUGGAAACCCAGAACAAAGGCGGACCUCGGGAGGCGCUAAAAGCGAUCAGAGAGGCUGACAAGGUCAAAGUGGUGAUCUUGUGUAUGAGCUCCGUCCUGAUUGGUGGAGAGGAUCAGCGAGAGCUCCUAUUGGCUGCUCUGGACAUGGGGAUGGUGUCAGAUGGUUACAUGUUUAUUCCGUAUGAUGCGCUGCUGUACGCCAUGCCGUACCAGGACACAGUAUUCCCUCAGCUGACCAAUAGCACGCAGCUUCGCCACGCCUACAGUUCCGUUCUGACUGUUACUAUGGAGUCCGACCAGAGUUUCUACGAAGCUUUUCAUCAAGCUCAGCUGAACCGAGAGAUCCGGUCGGCCGUGUCUGCGACGGAGGUGUCUCCGGUCUUUGGGACCAUCUUUAACAUGGUGUACUUCGUUGCUAAGGCGGUGGAGGAGCGUCGUCAGGCAGGGGGCGGGCGCUGGGUGACAGGUGAUCAGCUCGUCCAAUCAGAUGGAGGCUUUGACUUCCAGGGCUUCAACCAGAUGUUGUAUGGUGGUAAAGAGGGGCGUGGCCUGCAGGCCAGGUAUGUGGUGUUGGACUGUGACGGCGACCGUCUUGUGCCGACACACACGCUCGCUCCGACACACACAGACGGGACCGUUGGAGGUCUGAGACCACUGGGCCGCUCCUUCAUCUUCCCCGGAGGGAAACCCCCGACCGCCAGCUUCUGUUGGUUCAGUCCAGAGGAGGCCUGCAGUGGUGGUGUUGACACGGUGACGCUGUUCUUUGUCUUCCUGUUGCUCUGUGCUCUGAUUGGAGCUUUCUUGUACUGGAUCAGGAAGUUCAGGAGAGCAGCGAACACCACCAAACUCAUCCUGACUCUGGACGACAUCGUCUUCAUCGACACUCAAGUCAGCAAGAAGAAACUGAACGAUGAGUCCAUCAUGAGGAGUCUUCUAGAAGUCAAAACUCCGAUCCGCUCAAUUUGUCGAAGCUACAUCCUGGCGACACCUGAGAGCUCCAAUAUAGGAAUACUGGAGGGUGACUGGGUUUGGCUGAAGAAGAUCCCUGUAUCAAAUACAAUAACAGCUGUCAAUCAAAACACCCAGAGUCUCUUCAGUCAGUUAAGGGAAAUGCGGCAUGAGAACCUGAACCUGUACCUGGGUUUGUUCCUGGAUUCGGGGAUCUUUGCCAUGGUGGUUGAACACUGUCCCCGAGGCAGCCUGGCGGACCUGCUGGCUGACGGCGACAUGAGGCUGGACUGGAUGUUCAAGUCGUCCCUGCUGAUGGAUCUUAUCAAGGGAAUAAGGUAUCUCCAUCUACGAGGUCUGAGUCACGGUCGACUGAAGUCCACAAACUGUUUGGUUGACGGACGUUUUGUUCUGAAAAUCACUGACUACGGCCUUCCCAUGAUCCUUCACUCUCAGAGCCUCAACCUCCCUGAAGAUCCACAGGAGCUGCUGUGGACGGCUCCGGAGCUUUUGAGGUCUCCGGUCAGAGGAGGCUCGUUUGCCGGAGACGUCUUCAGUUUCUCCAUCAUCAUACAGGAAGUGAUCUCUCGGACGCUGCCAUACGCCAUGAUGGACAUGCCCGCCCACGAGAUCGUGGAGCGUCUGAAGCAGCCCCCUCCUCUCUGCAGACCUGUAGUUUCGGUGGAUGAGGCUCCUGCCGAGUGUCUCAGUCUGAUGAACGAGUGUUGGAAUGAGGAUCCGAGUAAGAGGCCGAGCUUCGAUGACAUUUUUAAACAGUUUCGGGGCAUCAACAGAGGGAAGAGGGCGAACAUCAUCGACUCCAUGUUGAGGAUGUUGGAGCAGUACAGUUCAAACCUGGAGGAUCUGAUCAGAGAACGAACUGAUGAACUGGAGAUUGAGAGAAGCAAGACAGACAAACUAGUCGGACAGCUCCUGCCAAAGUCUGUGGCUCAGGCUCUGAAGAAAGGGAAGCCGGUCCAACCUGAACAUUACUCAGACUGCACUUUGUACUUCAGUGACAUCGUUGGAUUCACGACCAUCUCAGCUCUCAGUGAACCCAUCGAGGUGGUUGACCUGCUGAAUGACCUCUACACGAUGUUUGAUGCCAUCAUUGCAACUCAUGAUGUCUAUAAGGUAGAAACUAUCGGAGACGCCUACAUGGUGGCUUCAGGUGUUCCAAACAGAAACGGGAAUCAACACGCAGGCGAAGUGUCCAACAUGUCUCUGGACAUCCUGCACUCGAUCGGAGCCUUUAAGAUCAAACACAUGCCAGAGAUCAAAGUAAAGAUACGAAUCGGACUGCACUCAGGCCCGGUGGUGGCAGGUGUGGUGGGUCUGAUGAUGCCCAGGUAUUGUCUGUUUGGAGACACAGUGACGACGGCGUCGCACAUGGAAGCCAGCGGACUUCCCUACAGAAUCCACAUCAGUCUGAGUACAGUGAAGGUCCUGACCAGUCUCAAACUGGGAUACCACAUAGACACCAGGAAAGCUCAGGUGAAAGGCACAGAGGACACGUAUUGGCUGAUGGGUCGAGAUGGUUUCACUAAACCACUUCCUGUUCCUCCAGACCUCAGCGGAGGGGCCAGUAACCACGGCAUCAGUCUGGAUGAAAUCCCAGUUGAGAGAAGACAGAAGUUUCUGGAUCGACAAAAGAAGAUAAAGAAAUAGAAGACGCGAAUACACACGUACAUGUACACACAUUUAUCAACACACACAGUAACACAC